AUGGGUAAAGAUAGCAAAAGAAAGAGCUCCGAAGAGGAGGACAAGAAGCACAAGAAGGUGAAGAUCGCCACUGAGGAGAAGAAGGAAAAGAAGGAAAAGAAGGAAAAGAAGGAGAAGAAGGAGAAGAAGGAAAAGAAGGAAAAGAAAGAAAAGAAGGAAAAGAAGGAAAAGAACGAUGACAAGCCAGCAAAGGACGAAAAGAAGAAGGCCAAGAAGGUCCUGUCAGUGACCGGAACUGCUCAGUCGUCAGUUGGCUACACCCAGUCGUCCAGCUUGUCAGAGUUGCCUCAGGCAGAUAUCGACGAGUUCUUGUCCACCAACGAGGUGACGAUCGACGACCCUCACGGCCUCAACUUGAGACCGUUGCUUGCAUUCAACCAGAUCGAAUUGCACUCCAGCAUAACCCCCAAGGUCGCCAAGUUUCCAAAGCCCACACCCAUUCAGUCUGUGUCGUGGCCAUACCUCUUGAGCGGAAAGGACGUGAUUGGAGUCGCUGAAACCGGCUCUGGAAAGACUUUUGCGUUCGGUGUUCCUGCCAUCAACAACAUCUUGGCUCUUGGAAAGACCGGGUUGACUGUGUUGUGUAUUUCUCCCACCAGAGAGUUGGCGUUGCAGAUCUACGACAACUUGGUGGACUUGACCAAGGGAACCAGCCUCAACUGCGUGGCUAUCUAUGGAGGUGUGUCCAAGGCUGACCAGGUGGCUCAGAUGCGUGAUGCCAACGUUGUGGUGGCCACUCCUGGCCGUUUGUUGGACUUGAUCAACGACGGAGCCGUCGACUUGAGCAGCAUCGACUACUUGGUGUUGGACGAGGCUGAUCGUAUGUUGGAGAAGGGGUUCGAAGAAGAUAUCAAGUCCAUCAUCGGUAACACUAAUGCCCAGGGCCGUCAGACAUUGAUGUUCACAGCCACCUGGCCCAAGGAGGUUCGUGAGUUGGCCAACACGUUCAUGAACAAGCCUGUCAAGGUCAGCAUUGGUGAUCGUGACGAGUUGGCUGCCAACAAACGUAUCACCCAGGUGGUGGAGGUCAUUGCCCCCUACGACAAGGAGAAGCGGUUGUUAGCGCUUUUGCGCCAGUACCAGGGAGGUGCUCGUAAGGACGACAAGGUGUUGAUCUUUGCUUUGUACAAGAAGGAAGCAGGACGUAUCGAGGCGUUGUUGAAAAGACAGAACUACGCAGUGGCAGCCAUCCACGGAGACUUGUCACAGCAGCAGCGGACACUGGCGUUGAACUCGUUCAAGCGUGGAGACUCCAACUUGUUGUUGGCCACCGAUGUGGCUGCCAGAGGAUUGGACAUCCCCAACGUCAAGGUGGUUAUCAACUUGACGUUCCCAUUGACGGUGGAGGACUACGUCCACAGAAUUGGUAGAACAGGAAGAGCUGGCCAGACUGGAACUGCUCACACUUUGUUCACCGAGCAUGAAAAGCACUUGAGUGGAGCAUUGAUGAACAUCUUGCGUGGUGCCAACCAGCCUGUGCCAGACGAGUUGCUCAAGUUCGGAGGCCACACCAAGAAGAAGACCCACAGUGCGUAUGGGGCGUUCUUCAAGGACGUCGACAUGACCAAGACCGGAAAGAAGAUCAAGUUUGACUAA